CCACCACCACUAAAACCCCUUCACCUCUACAGCUCCACUCCAUAGAAAGCAAAAGAAUAUGCCUGUCUUCGAAGCUAUGGCAGUUUUAUCUCCCUCCGCAGCGCUGUUAACGAAAACCCUCCAGCCAAAAAUCACCACCAAUCUCCAAACUCCUAUAUUCAUCAAUAAAUCCACAGGAAAGCUUGAGUCCAACAAAAUUAUUAGCAUUUGUUCCCCACAGCUAAGCAACACUAAAGCCUCUGCAAUCUCUGGAUCUCCAGGAAUCGAAGCUGGUUCUGGUUUAGUUAGUGAAGACACAACAAAUAUCUUGGAUACCGUGGAAGUGUUUGAUUUGAAUGGAAACGCAAUUCCAUUUUCUGAUUUGUGGAAAGAUAGGAAAGCUGUUGUUGCAUUUGCUCGGCACUUUGGAUGUGUACUUUGCCGGAGACGGGCUGAUUACCUUGCAGCCAAGAAGGAUAUAAUGGAUGCAUCUGGGGUGGCACUUGUUUUAAUCGGUCCUGGAAGUGUUGAUCAGGCAAAAACAUUCUCUGAGCAAACGAAAUUCAAAGGAGAAGUUUAUGCAGAUCCUAGCCACUCAUCAUACAAGGCAUUACAAUUUGUUUCUGGGGUCUCAACCACAUUUACUCCUAAAGCAGGCCUUAAGAUAAUACAGUCAUACAUGGAAGGGUAUCGACAAGACUGGAAACUUUCGUUUGAAGGGGACACUGUGGCUAAAGGCGGCUGGCAGCAAGGUGGAAUUAUAGUCGCAGGUCCUGGUAAAACGAAUAUCUCAUACAUCCACAAGGAUAAAGAAGCAGGGGAUGAUCCAGAUAUUGAAGAUAUAAUCAAAGCAUGUUGCUAGGGAGAGCACAUUUUGUUUUUUGGUCACGAAAGAACACAUACUUAAUUAUAACAUAAUCUCUUUUGAUUAUCAAAACUAAAUAAUUAGUUAUUGUAUUAUCAAUAAUUAAAUAGUUGAUUAUUAACAUGAUAGUACUUCGCUUGAGUUGUGACAAAAUGUAAAGCAAAGUUCAAUGAAAUCCAAGUCUUUUCACAACUA